AUGGAAGCCAUCGAGGGGGGCAAGGCCCCGGAGCAGGGCCUGGGCCCGAUCAGCACCAAACGCGGCCUGGAGAUGCUGGCGACGUGGGGCGAGAAGGCCAGCGCGAAGGAGGCCGUGGUUCAGGCCACGAGAUGUUUCUUCAUCGAGACGAAGGAGAGCCCAGACAGCGACGUGGAGUGCGUGAAGUGGAUCUUCGCGAUGAACUCGCACCCGGAACUCAAGACCUCGUUCGACAUCGCGAGGUCCAACGGGUGCCUGAAGGCGAUCAGCCUCCAGCUGGGCAAGGACGAGGCCCCCCGCAGCCGCGCCGCCAAGCAAGUAGAGCGCCUGGCCUUCCGCAGGGGCGGAGGCGGGGCAACAGCAGGCAAAGGCAAGAUGACACAGCGCAAGUAG